AUGUCGAGCGAUGAUGAUCACAUCAGACCCGCUAGAAACUUUGAGGCACAAAGUGCAUUUGCGUCUACCCUAGUGAAUGAUGUUGAAAAAGCAGGGCCAUCUAAGAUAAGCGAAGCGCCCGAAAAACAACACAAAAGCCUCUUCGGGGUUGAAAUCGAAACCCCCAAGGUCCAUCCUGGAAGCGAUGCCGUCUUCGCGGCAAAGGCCCAGCUCUUGAACCAAGCGCUGCUGGACAUGGGAAUGGGGAUAUAUCAAUGGAUGCUUUUCUUGAUGACCGGCGUUGGCUGGUUUCUUGAUAGUUUCUGGAUCAUGUCUUUCAUAGUCAUUGCUCCUUCAUCUGGAAAUGAAGCUCAGUUCUUCUUUCCCGGUGACAACACCGAUUACCUCUUCAUCAGCUUAUUUGUCGGUCUCACUGUCGGCGGUACAGCUUGGCCCAUGAUGUCGGAUACACUGGGUAGGAAGUGGAUGUUCACUAGCACCAUCGUGUUGAUGGGGAUGGGUGGUCUAGUCGGUGCGGGCUUGCCUUCCUUCACAGGUCUAUGUGUCGUAGGCUGCGUUGUCGGAUUUGCUGUUGCUGGGAACCAAGCUGUUGACGCAAUGAUUCUGCUGGAAUCGCUGCCUGCGUCACAUCAAUACUUGGUCGCCUUGCAGGGUGUAUUCUGGGGCUUGGGACAAUUGGUUGCCGCUGCAGUGGGAUGGGCUUUCAUCGCUCUAUACACAUGUGGCACCGGCCCGGACGAAGUGAGCACUUCUCAAUCGAUGGCCCACAAGCGCGCCCUCGGCCAUUCAAGCAGCGCCAGCUCCUCAUCUGACAGCUCCUCGUCCUGUCACUACGUCAGCAACAAAGGCUGGCGCUACGUAUGGUGGACCUUCGGGUGCAUGACUCUCUUCCUGUAUCUGUGUCGUUUCGCAUUGAACCUACACGAAACACCAAAGUUCCUCCUCUCACGUCGCCGCGAUGCAGAAACAACCCAGCUCGUCAAGGAUAUUGCGCUUCACAACAAGCGCCAGACAUGGCUUACGGAAGCAUCGUUUGCACGGAUUGAUUCCACAGUCGACGGUACCGAAGCUGAACUGCGCACAAAAUCCCGACCUCAAGGCCUUGUUUCUUCCCUCAAUAUUCAUGGCACAGUGUCUCUUGUCCUGCUGUGGAGUGUGAUGGGUUUAACCUUCGUCCUUCACCAAACUUAUAUCAGUAAUUAUCUCGCGGCGCGUGGUGUAGCCCAAGUCAACGCGACAACAGCCUCGAGAUCAUACCUUUACAGUCGGUACAUAUAUGUUGCGCUCUGUGGUAUCCCCGGCCCGCUCGUGGCAGCAAUUUUGGUUGAAGUGAAAGGCCUGGGACGCAAGCGCACCGGAGCUGGGAUUGCUAUUUUGACUGGGCUGUUUAUGCUUCUCGCUACCUUAGCCAAGUCUCGCAGUGCUACGCUGGCCUUUGAAUGCAUCAUCAGCUUCCUGCGCUUUGCUGGCAUAGCUACGCUGACCCUUUAUACUGUUGAGGUUGUGCCGACUACAGUGCGUGGAUAUAGUCUGGGUGUGAUGGGAUUCUUUUGGGGAGUGUUUGGCUUGAUUGCUCAUAUUAUUACCACUUUUGAUAACACUGCGGUUUCGGGCGGAGGUCCGGUCUGGUUCUGCGGUGCAGUUUGGAUUCUCAUGGCUGGUGCGUGGUUGGCACUGCCGAUCGAAACUCAAGCAAGAGCAGCGGCGUAG